AUGUCUUCUCUUUCUCUUCUCUCCCAACCCAAUUUCCUUUCGCUCACAACACAACCACCAAACUUCGAUAACUUGAAACCCAAGACAACACUGUUCUUGCAACGCCGGUUUAGGAGAUGUGUAACGGUUUCUGAACAAGCAACCGCGACGGCUCCGGCGGUUAGAAAGCUUUACGUUGGUAACAUUCCUCGGACUGUUGGGAAUGAUGAGCUUGCUCAGAUUGUUCAAGAACAUGGCGCUGUUGAGAAAGCUGAGGUUAUGUAUGACAAAUACUCUAAAAGAAGCCGUCGUUUUGCGUUUGUUACAAUGAAAACCGUUGAGGAUGCAAAUGCAGCAGUUGAGAAACUCAAUGGCACUCAAAUUGGAGGACGUGAGAUUAAAGUGAAUAUAACCGAAAAACCUUUAACAACAACAGGAGGGUUGUCACUUCAGGCCGAGGAAUCCCAAUUUGUUGACAGUCCCUACAAGGUAUAUGUUGGAAAUCUGGCUAAAAGUGUAACGUCUGAUAUCCUUAAAAAUUUCUUCUCUGAAAAAGGAAAAGCUCUUAGUGCCAAGAUUUCACGGGUUCCUGGAACCUCAAAAUCCAGUGGUUUUGGUUUUGUUACAUUUUCAUCGGAUGAGGAUGUAGAGGCUGCCAUCUCUUCUUUCAACAACGCUUUGUUAGAAGGUCAAAAGAUCCGGGUGAAUAAGGCGUAG